AUGCCGCAUACCCCGGAGGUCGACGUCGAGGACGAUCCCUCUGGCCACCCCUUUGGCCGGCUAUCAAACCCGUUCAGCAUCAAACCAGUAAACGUCACCAAACAGGUAGCGUCGAAGAAGCGGGUAGUCUUCACCAAACCCCUUUUCGGGGCCCUGUUGCUGGAGAACAGCGCGUCAGACGCACGAGACCACUGCGCCAACGAGCGUACGUUUCUAGCAUGGCUCCGGCUAUCCAUGUAUCUCUCGAUCGUGUCGAGUGCUAUCGUCCUGUCGUUCCAUCUCCGAGCCCAGCCGACGGCGUUGGAGCGCAACUAUGCCCUCCCGCUGGGGAUACUGUUCUGGGUGCUUGCUCUUGGGACUAUCAUCAGCGGAGUUGCAAACUACAUUCACACGCUGGCCAAGUAUAGUCGGCGUGCUGCGCUGGUGCAGAGCGGCUGGAAGACACAGGUUAUCUUCUGCGUUGUCGCUGUUGUCAUCAUCGGAACUUGCAUUCUCUUUUUGAGUACUAACAGGAGGUAUCGUUCGACACUUUUAUAUAUCUUGCCCACCGCUAUCUUUGCUACCAACCUCGCUUGA